AUGUGCUCCCUCGGCCUCCCAGGACCCAACAACUUCCCCCCCGCCAACCCCUCCCUCAACCGCGCAUUCUCCCACUUCCUCUCCCACCACAACCUCACCCCAAUCUGGUCCCGUCCCCUCCGCCCGGCCACUUUCUACACCCACACCUCCACCCACCUCGCCGAAGCCCGCCUCGCCGAGGAAGCCAACAUCACCGCCCUCUGGCUCGCCAUCCUCUCCGCCCACAUCCGCGAGAUAGUCCCCAAGUACACCCCCGACGAGCUCCUCAUCCGGAAAGCAGCCUUCGCCAUCUCCGUCCACCGCGAGUGCACCGUCCCCCAACGCGAGGAUUACAUCGACACCCUCGCCGCGCAGAACUGGAGCGUCCCCUGCAAGCGCAUCCCCAUCCCCGCCGCCGACGGCCGCACGCUCCCCGUCGUCGGCGCCCUCGCCAACACGCGCUACUUCCUCGGCCUCCCACCCGGCAGCCCCAUCCUCGCGUACAAGAGGCACAAACACCGCGAGCCUCAUGAUGCGCGCAACUUUGAGUACAAGGGCCGCGUGCCGUACCCGCCCGCCGUGCGCAUCGCACGCAUGCAGCAUCUUGCUGGACAGGCCGCUUCGCAGGUCAUCUCGCUGCUCGCCUUCGUCCCGGACGCACCGUAUGACUUGAAACCAGAGUACGCAACGCUGCUCACUGCGGAUUUGGACGACGGCGUUUCUGUUAGGGAUGUCCACGCCCGCUGGAUCGCGCGGUUCGAAAUGGGCCAGCGGACGGCGUACUCCCACGCUUUGCGCGCCUCGCCCGCCGUCAAGGAGCUCGCGUCGCUCAUACUGUUGACGAAGCGUGAAGAGUUGGAAGACGAGGAGUGGGCGGUGCUAGCCGCGCUGGCGGACGUCGUGACGUGGGACCGGCCGACGGGAGAGCACCCCGUGGUUUGGCUGAACGUGAUCGCGAAGACUUACCACGCCGACGAGGCGAAAGAGGUGUUCUCCAACAUAUUCGAAGGCGGUUUCAUCGAUGGUGUGUUGGUGUACCAUGCAGAUAUCCUCCUAGGAAAAACCAUCCACGAAUACUACGCCCAAAACUACACCGGCGCUUACGUCGACGACCGCGCCCUCUUCGUCCCAGACAUCCUGCACAACCGCGUCGACAUCGCCCCCGUCGCGCUCACCCCCGCCCUCCGCGCCGUCGUCGACCGCCUCCGCGCGCAGCUCCUCCGGCCCGCCGACCCCCCCAAGCCGGAGUCGGACGACGAAGACGACGACGACGACCACCAAGGACUCUCCAUCACGGUCAAAACCGACGACGACAGCCCACCAACCUCGCCAACAAAGCCCUCACACGACACAUCCCCAUACAUCCCUCCUGCUCCCCGACCAACCCGCGCCUUCACAACAACCCCGGCCCCCGCCCGCCGCGGGGCCAGCGUCUCCGCCGCGACGCCCGAAUACGCCAAAAAGAUCCUCAACCUCAAACAGCACCUCUUCGCCCGUGCUCCCCCUCCCCUGCGCAUGGCCCGCAACCGUCACCUCCGCCACUGGACCAUCCACCGCGCCUGGCUCCUCCUCCAGCGCCAGCAGCGCGAGGCCCGCGAGCGCGAGCUCUACCGCAUGCACCAGGGCAUGUACAACGCCGCCGAGGAGCUGCGCCACACCGCCGGCCCGGGAACGAGGGACGAGGGGUGGCUGUACCGCAUCUCCCAGGAGAAGAAGGGCGUCUACGGGGCCGGCGCCGUGCCGAUUGAGUAUGCAAGGUACCAGACCGAGACUCCGGCUAGGGUUGCGUGGAACCAUGAUUGGAAGAGGUAG